UAACACAGAAGAAGAAGUUUCUAGCUGUAAAGCGGCAGAAGCUAGUUAUUUAUAUCGUCUUGUUCUCGUGUUGGUGAUACUUUGCCAGUUAUUCUGUAACAGUAAAACCGUUGACUGUAUAUAAGUUGCUUUUUUGCAAAAUGUACUCUUUGAAUAACAACGGCAAUAAGCUAAAAACUUCAGAUAUUUUUUUAUCGCUUUACCGAACUAACUUUAGCUAGCUAACUACUAGGGCUAGUUUACCAGCGUUAGCAUCAACUCAGCUUUGUUGCUGGAGCUCAAAAUCAUGUUUUAAUUUAAUUUCUAGUCAUUUAUAGAAGUCUUGUUUUUUGUGACUACAAGCUUUGUCCCAGUUAUUCCCUUUGAAAUAACAACAUUAUGAAUAAACCCGUAGCUUUAAACGCAGCUGAAGGACAAUCUGCUGACGCCAGGUCGGAUUCGGAUAAAUGCUACAUCUGCUUGAGUCCCUUUGAGAAACAAACAGUGGGAUUUUUGGAGAAGUGCCCACACUUGUUUUGUUUUGAGUGUAUCUACCAGUGGUCUCAGACGGCCAACACCUGCCCGGUGGAUCGAAUUAGUUUUGCUUAUAUCCUGCAGAGACGGUGUCCUGGAGAGGACAAUCAGAAGAAGAUCAAAGUGGCGACACGCAGAAUGGACGAUGAGACUGAGGAGGACUGGAGAAGCAUAGUUAUCUGCGAGGAAUGUGGGCGCAGCGGCCACAGGGACCGACUGCUGGUUUGCAGACACUGUGACUCUGGGUAUCACAUGGACUGCUUGACUCAACCUCUAAAUACUGUCCCUGAAGGAGACUGGAUGUGCCCUGAGUGUGUGGUCGCUUCUCAGAAUACAGAGGGCUUUUUGGCAGAGGAGGAAGACAUUAGUGAUGGAGAAGUCACAGACCUCCUUGCUGACAUGGACCAAACUCCAUCUACAAGCAGUCGCCUCCGGGCCUCAACCGUGAAUCAUCCCAACAACUUCACAGAAAGACGGCGGAGCGUGAGGAUCCAGAGCAGAGGGGAAAGCAGCAGUCCAUAUCAACGCCCCCAAACCUCAUGGCAUGUCCCUAAAUACCUGAUACGUGCAUCAAGGCCUGCAGUAACUACUGGAGGAUCUGUAAAUCUCCCUGGUGUCAAAUGUUUUUCAGACAAAAAGAAAAGAAAAAGACGGAAGCAUGUAGCUUGAAGAAGCAACAAUUUGAGGUUUUUGAACAUUCAGUGCCUGGAAAAAGACAAAUGGUACUACCGUGAGUGACCACAAGAUGGCUUCAUUGUGCCAGGAUAAUAAAAAGUAAGAACCUGAAUAAGACUGUUUUUUGCAGUAGUUUUAAUAAAUUUGCUAAACCUUU